AUGCCAGAAACAAGUAAACAGGAGGAAAGUGAAUUAGAUUACGAACUUCAAGACAAGACUACUAAUGAUAACGAUGAUGUUUCUUUGCUACUUGAAGACCUUUCUGCUGAAACUGACCUAGUAAUUCAAGAAUUAUUGAAUAACAUCAAAGAAUAUAUCCAAAUGAUUAAUCAACCAGUCACUACAGAAGAUAUACUAACAGAUGAAGGAAUUAUUGAAAUAGCUGUUGAAGCAUUAGAGAAAGUUAUAAAGUACCAAGAGGGUCUUGAUGUUGGAAAAGGGUUUAAUGAGAAUGAGUUAAUAAUAUUACGAAAAAAGCUCAAAGAAUAG